AUGAAGCUCACAUACAUCAUCUUCGUUGUGGGUCUCAUCGCUCUCGGCGCGACUGAGAUUCUGCUCAAUCUUAUCAAUGUUGGCGUCGAAUCUCCCGGAUACCAGAACCUCAUCUUAGGCGCAAGAAGGUCUGACCCAGGCAGCGACCCCGACGACGACAGCGACGACGACGAUGACGACGAUGACGACGACAACCUCAACCCUGCUGACGAUGAGCUUUGGUACCAAUGCAAAUGUCGAGGAGCAAAACUGCUUUUUGCAAUGACCCAAAACCCACCCGAAGCCGCUCGGUUCCUGAAUCCCUUGGCAUCUCCCUGGGAUGGCGAGAUGAGGGAAGAGCUUGCAGAAUGGGGUUACAAAGAUAACUUUAAAGACCCAGAUCUCUUCGACUUUAGCGGGAUCGCCCCAUACCUCGCUACGCUGGGGAUUCCAAUAACUAACUCGCUCCAUGGCGGGCCAAACCAUUGUGUCUCAUACAGUCAUUGUAACAGCGACAUCGUGAGGGAUGGAAAUGGAGAUCUCCCACCUCUCAACGAGCAGUACUACACUAAAGACGGUAGGAAGUACAGGGUCACGGCCGCUCAUGGCACCAUGGUAAUCAACCCGAGCUAUGGUUACAUAUUAUUCCUCAACCGGGGCUCCCCUCAAGCUGAGGCCCGCGAAACAUGGGGCAUACGUGAUGAUGAUCCGGUUCCGCUUGAUGAGUUACCCGCUCUACGUGCGAGUUCAGAUAUAGCAUGGGCCUAUUGGAAUCGAAUUCAAGAUGGCGACAAACUGAACAAAAUCAGACUUUUUGCAUCCAUGUCCAUCAUCAACAGCGAAACCGAGCAGGUUAUCGACAGGAUACUGAAGAACAAAGGGCUAGAUGAAGUGCCGCCGAAUCCUCCUGGGUUUCUUGUCACGCCAGAAUCCGAGGACUAUUUGGCCUUGAUGGGUAGUCCGAACGCUAUAGGGGUAGGAUAUUUUCUUGCUCAACACAAGGCACAGUUGGGAAGCAACUAUUAUGUUCAGGGGAUCCGCAUCUACCGCAAGACCGGAUCGUCGCUAUCGAACAUGAUCUUCGCUGUUGGCCUGGCGCCUUCUCCACCACCAACUGCACCACCCGAUCCGAUGGAUGUUUUAGUACCGCCCCCGGGUUCUGGUAUGGAAGCCCUCGCGAACACGGAUGGAGGUAGAGUGAUCAAGAGAAGCGGUGAUGGGAAGAAUAUCGUGAGGAGUCAUAAGGUUUGGAUAAAGUCAUGA